AUGGACUCAACAUUGACGAAAGACGAUUUUACGUCAAACGAAGAAUUUGAUGCCCUAACAGCAGGCGACAACACAGUUGCAAUUAUCGGUUACGUCGACUGCGUGGAGGGCACAAAAAUUGUCGGGAAAGACAAAAAAUCGCUUUACAAGUGUAUUAUUAAUAACGACACCCGCAAUAAUAAUCCCGUCACCGAAAAACCUAACCCACAUUGUUCCAGUCAAGCUGAGGGGAAUAAAAAUUAUAGGAACCCUUCAUUGUUCUCCACAUUGCAUUUCACUAUUAUAGUUUAUUUCUGUAUUCUUUUGAUAUCUAUUUCGAGGAACUUCGAAUUCAUGCCAAAACGCAAGCAACAACGAACCGCUGAUGACGAAGCAGAAUUCCAACGAAUUCGGCGUGAAAGAAUUACUGUUAAUCAACGUCGUCGUCGUGAAAUAGCCCGUAAUCAAGCAGUCAAUCCUAUUGCACCUGAAGAAAUUGUAAUUGAACAAAAUCGUAUAAUCGAAUUGCCAUCGGCAAGUUCAAUUAUCAUAAGCAAUGUUAAUGCUGCUCCUAUUUCCACGACAGUACGCCAACGACAGUCUCGAUCACGAAGAAAUAUCAAUUCAAGUAUCAAUCCUGAGAGACACUUAAAUGAUAUCCAUGAGCAUUAUAUUGGGACGAUGGAUACGCUGUGUUCACAUUGCGGUGCUAAACAUUUCAUUGCAGAAAAAAUUACCAACAAAGGGCUUUCCUUCAAUGAUUGUUGCAGUCAUGGAGAGGUUUCUCUUGAAACACUACCAAAACCACCUUCAAUUUUAUAUAAUUUAUUCAAUGGAUCACAUCCAAAAUCGACUUACUUUUACGAGCAUAUUCGUAGCUACAAUAACUCAUUCUCUUUUGCGUCUUUCAAUGCGAAUUUAUUUGACUUUGCCAAUAGGCGUCCCGGACCUUAUUGUUUUAAGAUACAAGGACAAAUAUAUUAUCAAAUCAAUACAGCAUUGUAUCCAGAUUCUAACGAAUAUCCGACUUUCGGUCAACUUUUUAUAAUUGAUCCCAAUGAAGCAAUCGAAUUUCGUUGUCAUGAAAAUUCUCGACUUGACCCAGAGAUCGCAGGAUCUCUUGACAUGAUGAUGCGUGAGUCUAAUAUAUUUGCGGAAUCAUAUCAGAUGAUGGGAAUAGAACUGCAGAAUCAACAAGCGGCGAUGAUAACAAACAAUGAGGUUCAACCUGAGUUACAAUUAUUGUUUACAUUAAAGCCAGGAAUGGAUCGUGGUCGUAAUAAUUUUCAGAGGACAAACGAAGUCGCAGUAGUUUUCUCUACUAUGGUGGAUGGAGAAAUUCCAGAAUCAUACGUUACUGUACGCAACAAAACCACAAAAACUUUACAAUACGUUAGUAGUAUGGAUCCUAACGUUGAACCAUGGAUUUACCCUUUGUUAUAUCCAUUUGGCACGAGAGGUUGGCAUAGGGACUUACCGUGUGUUAAUAAAAAUCGUCGCGUAACUCGAGCAGCAUACGUUAAGUAUCGAAUGGCUAUUCGAAACGAUUUUAAUCCCUUUCUAAUGGGUCGUAGAUUAUUCCAGCAAUGGAUUGUUGACAGUUAUGUCAAAAUCGAAAAAGAUCGUAUCGAGUUUUGUAAAAGCCAUCAAACACAAUUGCGCGCCGAAUCAUAUCAAGGACUUAUUGAUCAUUUGAAAAGAGGCGCAGCUGAAGCAAACACUCAUGUAGGAAAAAUUGUUAUCCUUCCCUCUACAUUCGUAGGAUCGCCUCGCAAUAUGCUACAACUAUAUGAAGAUUCCAUGGCAAUCGUACGCAAAUACGGCAAACCAGAUAUUUUUUUGACAAUGGCAUGCAAUCCACAAUGGCGUGAGAUUAUAGAAAACAUUUUACUAUGUCAGAGUGCAUCAGAUAGGCCAGACAUUGUCGCUUGGGUAUUCAAUAUAAAAAAAGACUAUCUUCUAAACUUGAUUGUAAAGCAAAAAGUCUUCGGAGAAGUUUUAGCUUACGUAUACGUCAUCGAGUUUCAAAAACGUGGCUUACCCCACAUUCAUAUAUUAAUAACGUUAUCACAAAAUUCUAAAAUAACGACUUCUGACGUUGUAGAUCGAUACAUUUCCGCUGAAAUUCCGGAUCCCGACAAGGAUUAUAUAUUGCAUGAGAUUGUAAUGAAAAAUAUGAUCCAUGGGCCAUGUGGGGAUUGGUGCUUAGUACAAGGGAAAUGUUCCAAACAUUAUCCAAAAGAGUUCCGUAACGAAACAACUCUUGACGAAAAUGGCUAUCCUUCCUACCGUCGUAGGGACAUUGGUAUUACUUUUGAACGCCGUGGAAGAUUCGUGGUUGAUAACAGAAACGCCGUGCCUCAUAGUCCAAUAUUAUUACGUUUAUUGAACUGUCACAUUAAUGUCGAAGUCGUUUCAAGUAUUAAAUCUGUGAAAUAUUUAUAUAAGUAUAUACACAAAGGUCAUGAUGCUGCUGCUGUAACUGUAGUUGACGGUAAUCCAAGUAUUGUAGAACACGAUGAAAUACGGGAUUAUUUGGAAACUCGAUAUGUUGGACCUGUAGAAGCUUGUUGGCGUAUUUUAAGUAAGCCAUUGCACGAUAAGAGCCAUUCAAUUACACGUUUGCCUGUACAUUUGCCUAAUCAACAAAGUAUUAUUAUUCAAGACGAACAUAAUGAAGAUGGAAUUAGAGCCGCUUUAGACAAGCAAAGUAUGCUAAUCGAUUAUUUUGCACUGAACGCUCGUGAUCCACAAGCUAGGCAAUACGUAUACGGAGACAUACCUAUUUAUUACGUUUUCAAGAAAGAAUCGGGAACUAAUAUUUUCCAUUGGUAUCCCCGGAAAAAUAGAUUCAAUGUUAUUGGACGAAUGUAUUCGAUUAGCCCAACUCAAACAGAACUAUUUCAUCUUCGUUUAUUAUUGCUAACCGUUAAAGGUGCAACAAGUUUUCACAACCUGAGAAUUGUAAAUGACGAAGUUCAGGAAACUUAUGUGGCAACAUGUUUAGCGUUGGGUCUUAUUCAAGAUGACGAUGAAUGGAAACGAGCAAUACACGAAGCUGAGGUGUGGAUGAUGCCCCGUCAAUUACGUAGUUUGUUUGUACGGCUUUUAAUCCAUUGUCAUCCGGUUCAUCCGAAUGAACUCUGGGACGAAUUCAAAGAUGCAAUGUCACAAGAUUAUGCAAGACAUGUUAGUACUUUUCAGGCACAUAGAAAAGCGUAUCUACAGAUAAGUGCCAUGCUUUCAACAGAAGGUUCCAGUCUUGCCAUGUUCCCAGACAUGGAACCCAUAUCAGAAAUCGUAGAAGCUGAUGACGAUAUUUUGCCGCAAGAGGCUAGAGAUAUUGGUAAUCACCAAUACGAAAAAUUGAAUCAAAAACAAAAAGAGAUCGUUGACCUCGUGUGA